AUGUCACCAUCGUCCAACGGUGACUCUCCACAUUCUUCCACGGCCACUAUGACUGCGGCUGCCAGUGCUACUGUUGUAGGAAGGUUUCCAUUGCCGAACAGGGACUUCACCAUCGAGGUGCCCUCGCCCCAGCUUCUGGCCCAGGUCCAGGUUAACGGCGGUGGCGUAAACUCUCUCAAGUCACCGACAUCUCUCAAGUCGGCUCGGACUCCUAGCUUCAGCAGGGAAGGCAUACUCGGUUCGGCGCAGAAGGCGCGCAAUCUUUCACAGUCAUCAGACAACAGGCCAGAAUCGAAUGGGAUGCAGAAGGCACCGAGCGAUGAGGGUAUCAACCCUCUUAAAAGGCGGAAUACCGAUGCGGGCGUCGACUAUCCAAGGCGGAGGGCAACCAUCGCUUGCGAGGUUUGCCGUUCGAGGAAGUCACGAUGCGAUGGCACGAAGCCAAAGUGCAAGCUAUGUACCGAGUUGGGUGCCGAGUGCAUUUAUCGCGAGCCCGGCAUCAAGCUAGAUGCCGGCGACAAGCUUAUUCUGGAGCGCUUGAACCGCAUCGAGAACCUGCUCCAGAUGAACAUGGUGGGCCACCCCAAUGGCAUGGGCAUGUCUCAUGAUUCGCCAAAUAUGAGCAAUGGGACAGCUCUCAGCGGUGACAACUUGAUGGGAAUCGGGUCAAAUGCCGCCAACUUCGUGUCUGUCAUUCCCAGCGGUGGACUUGGGACAUGGUCCGCCACAGCCACUAACAAUAUCUCGACCAUGCCGAAGGUGCACACGAAUGCGGCUCUGCAUCUGCUGCAGUGGCCCAUGAUCCGCGAUUUGGUAUCACGACCGUACGACCCUCAAAUUCUCCUGCAGCUUGAGAUGGCCCGUGAGCCGCUGCACUCGCUCGCCAAGACUCCCUGCGUCGACCUUUCCAAUACGAAUGCCUACAUCGAAGCCUACUUUGACAGAGUCAACAUCUGGUACGCCUGCGUCAACCCAUACACGUGGAGGAGCCACUACAGGAUAGCGCUAUCAAACGGUUUCAGAGAAGGACCAGAGAGUUGCAUUGUGCUGUUGGUGCUGGCCCUGGGCCAAGCUAGCUCGAGAGGCAGCAUCUCGAGGAUUGUACCCCACGAGGACCCUCCCGGACUUCAGUAUUUCACCGCAGCUUGGUCUCUGCUGCCAGGCAUGAUGACGUCCAACAGUGUGCUCGCAGCACAGUGUCACUUGCUGGCUGCUGCUUAUCUGUUUUACCUUGUUCGACCGCUGGAGGCAUGGAACUUGCUUUGCACGACAAGUACGAAACUGCAGCUUUUGCUCAUGGCGCCGAGCAGAGUGCCCGCUGAUCAGAGGGAGCUGAUCGAAAGAAUUUACUGGAACUCACUUCUCUUCGAAAGCGAUUUAUUGGCCGAAUUGGACCUCCCCCAUUCUGGUGUGGUUGCAUUUGAGGAGAAUGUUGGUCUUCCCUGCGGGUUCGAGGGCGAUGAGCAGGAAGCAGUUGGACGCGACGAGUUGUGGUAUUUCCUGGCCGAGAUUGCACUGAGGAGGCUGCUCAACCGCGUCAGUCAGCUCAUCUACUCGAAGGAUUCCAUGGCAUCAACAACAAGCUUGGAGCCGGUCGUGGCAGAGCUUGACUUCCAGCUGACACAGUGGUAUGAGAGCUUGCCGCUACCGCUGCAGUUUCCCUUCACACGGACGAUGCUUCCCGAUCCGGUGCAGACGGUGCUGAGAUUACGUUUCUUCGCCUGCCGAACCAUCAUCUAUCGGCCUUAUAUUCUGGCGGUCCUUGACAACGAGCAAGCGGUGUUGGACCCCUCGGUGCGGGAGGCUUGCACAAAGUGCCUAGAAGCGUCAAUCCGGCAACUGGAGCACAUUACUGCGCAUCACGCCGGACAUAUGCCGUACCUUUGGCAGGGUGCUCUGUCCAUAGUAUCACAGACACUUUUGGUCAUGGGCGCCACCAUGUCGCCGUCACUGUCGAGCAUCCUCUGGAGCCUGGUUCCCCACCGCGAUACCAUUGAUCAAAUCAUCAACGACGUCGUCAUGGAGAUCGAACGCUACGCUGUCCUGUCGCCAAGUCUGAGCCUCUCGGCUGAAAUCAUCAAGGAAGCCGAAGUCAGACGUCGGACCUACCUCAGCGGAUGA